AUGCCUUCCUUUCUCAUGCACGUGCUGCCGCUGUGCACGGUCGACGCGCCGGCCGGAACCUCGACCUCGACCAGUCGGGGGGAUGUCAAACCCGAGAAGGCGGACGUGGUAAAGCCGAUCGCCACCCUGAUGAUGCUCGGGGCUGCCCAACGCCGUCGUGGUCGGGCGUUCUCGUCUAGCAGCACGACGUGCGUCUUAACAUCGACAUCAAAAGCGCUGCUCGCACUUGGGACGAAGUUGGAGAGGAUGUCGCCUAUGUAG